UCGUUCGGCGCGGGGCGGGGCCGCGAGCACGCGCCGCAGGCGGUUGCCUGGCAAGCGGCACUUUGUGCUCCACGGACUCUAUUUCUGGCACAGUCUCCCCGAGUCCCCGCCGUCUGAGGGAGGCGUCCCCCACACUCGGCGGGACCGGCCCCGGGGGAUGGAGGCGGCCGGUCCCCACAGCCCUGGCGGAGCCCCUAGGAGACGGCCGCGUGAGACCUGACCACCGUCUUCGCCCGAGGCCCAUAGGCGCGUGACCCGGGCGGGCCGCGGACGUGAGGGCGGUGAGCGGCGGGGCCGCGACGCCGAGGGGGGCCGGUGCUCGUUCCCCUCCGCGCGCAGGUCGCACGCGCGCGCUCCCGCCGCAGCGCCGGCCGCGCCCGCCCCGCCUCUCGGCGCCGGCCCUGGAGCCCGGUCCGCGAGCGGCGGCGGCGGCGGCGGCGGCGGCCGGAGAGACGAUGAGCGGCGCGGCGCGGGCGGGCACGGCCCGGCUCGCCGCGCUCGCGCUGCUGACCUGCAGCCUGUGGCCGGCGCGGGCGGACAACACGAACCAGGAGUACUACACGGCGCUCAUCAACGUGACAGUGCAGGAGCCCGGCCGCGGCGCCCCCCUCACGUUCCGCAUCGACCGCGGGCGCUACGGGCUCGACUCGCCCAAGGCUGAGGUCCGCGGCCAGGUGCUGGCGCCGCUGCCCAUCCACGGAGUUGCUGAUCAUCUGGGCUGUGAUCCUCAAACACGGUUCUUCAUCCCUCCUAAUAUCAAACAGUGGAUUGCCUUGCUGCAGAGGGGAAAUUGCACAUUUAAAGAGAAAAUAUCACGGGCUGCUUUCCACAAUGCAGUUGCUGUAGUCAUCUACAACAAUAAAUCCAAAGAGGAGCCAGUCACCAUGACUCAUCCAGGCACUGGAGAUAUUAUUGCUGUCAUGAUUACAGAAUUGAGGGGUAAGGAUAUUUUGAGUUACCUGGAGAAAAACAUCUCUGUACAAAUGACAAUAGCUGUUGGAACUCGAAUGCCACCAAAGAACUUCAGCAGAGGCUCUCUAGUCUUCGUGUCAAUAUCCUUUAUUGUCUUGAUGAUUAUUUCUUCAGCUUGGCUCAUAUUCUACUUCAUUCAGAAGAUCAGGUAUACACAUGCACGCGACAGGAACCAGCGUCGUCUUGGAGAUGCAGCCAAGAAAGCCAUCAGCAAACUGACAACCAGAACAGUAAAAAAGGGCGAUAAGGAAACAGACCCCGACUUUGAUCAUUGCGCAGUCUGCAUAGAGAGCUAUAAGCAGAAUGACGUUGUCCGGAUUCUCCCCUGCAAGCAUGUUUUCCACAAAUCCUGCGUGGACCCCUGGCUUAGUGAACAUUGUACCUGUCCUAUGUGCAAACUUAAUAUUUUGAAGGCCCUGGGAAUUGUGCCAAAUUUGCCCUGUACUGAUAACGCAGCCUUCGAUAUGGAAAGGCUCACCAGAACCCAAGCCCUUAACCGGAGAUCGGCCCUAGGCGACCUCGCCAGCGACAACUCCCUUGGUCUCGAGCCACUUCGAACUUCCGGGAUCUCACCUCUGCCUCAGGAUGGGGAGCUCACUCCUAGGACGGGCGAGAUCAACAUCGCAGUGACAAGUGGUCACUUCUUUCAUCGAAACUCUUUGUCCCCACGGAGCCUGGUUUAUGAAAGUGAAUUCUCGACCAUCGAACCUUCUCUGGAUAUGUAUGAUGAAAACAAAACCUGACUUUUUAAAUGGGCAGUUGGGGGCCACCUCUGCUGGGGUUUGGUUUAUGAUCCCCUUCCUUAUUUUGUGUUCCUCUGUCGGCAUCCAUGUGGGGAGAAGAAUGGCAGGUUUUCCGGGCACAGGUAGCACGCGGGGUUAAGUUGCAAAGUUCCCCCAAGGGGAGGCUUUGAAGACAGCAUCAUUGCCCAGUGACCUCGUGGCACCGGAAACCUGCCCAAGGCUGGCCCCUGGCCAUGGGCCCCGACACACCUGGCUGUUUGCAGAGACGGGGCUGGGCCCAGGGGUUAAUGUCGCAUUGCAAAUGUGUUUCUGAGUAACCUCAUGCUAUUCUGUGCCGGGUGACUGGGGGCUUAAAUACACUUUGUGCCCCCCACUUACAGUGCACACACACUGAAGCACGCAGACACGGCUCUUCCUGACACAGAGCUGAGUCGCCACUCCGUGGCCUGUCCACAUUUUCCUUCUCUCUCGCUCUUCCUGUGACAGGGCCUGUCCCUGAAGUUUCCUGAGAGGAAGCCUUGCCCUUUGUUCCCUCCUCUGAGACUGACCGCCCAGAGCCCCGUGGUGAGGGCUGCGAGCUGUGCAGGGCGGGCAGGCAUCUGUGUUGCCAUUUCCAGCCUCCAUCCCUAGAGCAUGACAUAAGAUGACACAAGCUUAUGUGAUCCCUGAGAUGCCUAAGGCCCUGCCUCUGAGGCCUGUGGGUUUGUCGGCUGGGCAUCUGCUGAGGUGUGUGGGGAGGUGGCGCCCGGGCACAGUGAUCUUGGGGUGAUGGCCAGUGGGUGUCAGAACCAGACAGUUUUCAGCACUUUCUUGAGAACAUCAGAACACCUCCUUGCUAGUAGAAACCAGAUGAUCAGCCCUCUUUCAUCUUCACCGGUCCAGCCGCUCACCUCCCACCAGCCGCAACAUCUGCAUGAGGAAGGCAUGGAAACUUACAGAAAAAGGCACGGCGGCCAGCGUGAUGAACAUCAGGAACACACGGGCUCUUCCCACCAACUUGGGGUAACAUCAGGUGAUCAUCAUGAGAAAUGUGUUUCUUAAGGGUAAUCCCGAUGUGAAGCCAUGGUGAACAGACUUUUAAAGCAAACCCACACACCCUUUGCAAGGACACAGCACGUCCAGCCUGUUUCUCCUAUCUACGCACGCAGCAGAGAGGUGGAAAGUGCAUUCAGAUCCUCGGGUCCUGUUAUGAGAAUGGAAACUGCAGCUUCCACAUGCCUAGAGUUGGAUCUGGCUGUGAACCACACAACCUGUGAAUUCCCCGCCUGGCCUUUUUACUGACUGAAAAAGUUUGAGGUUGGACACUUGCCAUAUUUCUGUGUGCAGCUGGCUUCUCCUCUUCGAUGCUGCCCCUGCUUGUGAUAUGUUGCUAAGAUGCCUCAAGACGACGAUGCAGUUGUGCCCAGAACAGCAGCCCUCAGAGUACCGGGGUGCUGACAGCCUUUAGAAACGGCAGCUCCCAGUAGCCAGCGGCAUUUUGUUGAUGAUGGUUUGAGGCUGCAGCAGUCCAGAUGUUUAAGGUCUUAGCAGUUUUUUCUUUUUACCUUUAACCAAGGGCUUUUGUUUGUUUUUUCCUUUUUAUAGUCUUUGUACUAUAAAAAUAUUUUUGAUAACCAGUUUCAAGAGAGUACUGUUCAGAAAGACAGGUCUGCCCGCUGGCUUUGUGGAGAUUGUGUCAGGAUUGGAACUAAAUUGGCUGAAGGUUCCAGGCAUGCACCUGCAUCUAGCUUUCCCUUGGCUCAUCUGACAGAGAAGGUGGCUCAGUACUGCCGGGGUUUUCUGCACCACAGCCUUGUUUUCCUGAACCAGAACUCAGACCCUGACAGAGCAUCUCCUGAUUUGUGCAGUCUUGCACAAGCACAUAACUUAACUUUCACUCAAGACCUUCCUUUACUAGAAAGAUAUGAAAUGACGAGAAGUUCAAAAUUCCAACCCCUAAAAAUCCAUCUAUUAGUAUUUGAAUUCCUGGAAAUCUAGGGCACACAUUCACUGUCAAAUAACCAAGCAGGCAUUUCCUAUAAGGGAAUUCACUCAGAAUAGUACUUCAGAUCCCAGCUCCACAGCCUUUUUAUAAAAAUUGAGGCCACUUUCCUGCUCAGCUAUGAAACGUCCCACUGUCAGGUGGGACAGUAACUUCUCCGUGAAAGUCAUACACACGGGGAAUCAGGGGGCUGGCAUUAUUUGUCCCCAUAAGAGUCUCUCUGCUGACAGUGGUGCUGAGGGGUCUCCUCUGCCCAACCAUCCCUGCGACCCUGGUGAGGGGCCGGGCUGCUGGCCAUGUGAGCUUUGAGAGAACUCGCUUCUCUGCUCAGCACCCCUGCCUCUGAGAGGCUCGAGGUUCAGGGAGCAGAGUUCACUGGCCAUGCAGGCAUAAUUGGGGGUGCAGAGAGAUACUGCUCUGCGGCAUGGUAGAGCCUCAGCCGUCACAAGGCCUACAGCCACAGUCGCUGGUAGCCAGGAAAUGUAUGAUAGUGCCUAACCAUUGGGGUUUUUGGUGGGGGCACCAUUUGAAGAAGGAGCAGAGGGGAGAGCUGCUUACCCACACACCCUCUGUCCCUCCAGUGGCCUGCUCUGAGCCGGGCCUGGUUCCAGACUCUUCCCCCACACAGCCCCCACCCUAUCCCCAGGGCAAGCUGGGUGCCAGGGCAGCAUGCACCACGGGAUGCACAUGGAGUGGGGUCUGGAGCGCCCGGUACUAUUCGCUGGGAGGGAGUCAGGUUGAACAGUUAAAAUGGGAAUGCUUACAAUUUGGUGAUUUUCCGCUCCCUAAGGGAAGACCUCCCCUGAGCCCUCUUUUCCUGUUAGGGAGAGAGGAGAGGUAGUCAGCCAGGAAGCAGCCACACCACCCACAGUAGGAAGGCCAGACCAGGCUUGGGGGCACCCAGGGGUGGUGCUAGUGUUCAGGGGCACGUGUCUGUCCAGUGCUACCUGUCUCUGCCCCCUCACGGGAACACAGGCUCCACCGCCAGGUGGUUAAAGCACCCCACAAAGUCUGGUGAGCCCCGCUUUUGAAGAAAGCCUCCAUCUCCUGGCCCUUCUCAGACCUGGUUCAGAGGAACAUCCACAAGGCACUUCCCUGACACCAGUGUGGACCUGGGGCUGAGCCUGCGCUUCAGCUGCCCUGAUCAAACAACAGCCCAGCUUCCAAAAGAUGCCGCUUCAGAGGGUUUAAACAAAAUACGAUUACUGAUUUGACUAACUUGGUAUUUCACAUGGGCUUUAUAAGUCUUUCUCAUAUUUUUAUUACCCCUUCCAUCCAGUUCUUUCCUUGAUCUGUAUGUUCAGUGAAGCUGGCAUAACUGAAGAAAACUCAGUGUCACCUUACUGUUCACCUUUACUAUGCAGGCAGGGGUUCUGCUACAGGGAAACAGGAGAUGGUGUCAAACAGCAGGUCACCUUGACAAGCCUUGACUCAUCACUGACAUGAAACAGAAGUGCUGAUUUCCAGGAAGUAGAACUUAGAAGGCAGUGGUAAGAUUAUAAGGCUGAUUUGGCCACUAGGCCGUUAUCCUUCUUUCACUGUAUGCCAGACACACACACUCAGCAUGAGGGUGAUCGGAGUUAUUACGAUUUUGGCUGUCACAGAAAACUGGCUCUGUGGGAUGUGAGACCAGAUGGAAUGAGGGUGUCGUGUAGAGAGCCUCCUGGUGCAGGUAGAGGGGCCUGUGCUUGCUGGGGACACACCACAUGCAGUGAAGAUGCGUCAGGAAGAGCGUGAGGCUGGCAGCCUGCAGAGGGCCCCGAUCUGCCUGGAGAGUGCACUGGGUGGGGUGGGCUGGACUGGCACUGCAAUGCCUGCCUGAGGGGCCAGGGCAGAGUGGGGGGCUCCACAGCUAGGCCUGGACCAGGCUCUGACGGAAAGUGGGAGUGCAGGGAGCCACCAGGCUGAGGGAAGCCUGAGGGCCCAUCUCGGUGGGAGUGGGUGUUGGUGGGCCAGGGAGAGCCUGUGUGGGAACACCUAGACUCCAGGGAUGGCAGGGCCUGUAGGGCAAGUCGGAGGUUCCUCUGAUCUCGGGGAAACUGGUGAGGGAAGGGGACCAGGACAUGGGCCCUCUGUGCAUCAGCAUUCCUGGGAAUUCCGUGUGAGCCCGUCCCUGAGGUGCUCCAAACCUCCUCCCCACCGCCCCCUGCUUCCUCUCUCCCAAGCACACACACACACACACACACAGAUGUGUACACAAGGAUACGAGCGCGCACACACCCCAGAAGCCAGAGUGGGGCUGAAAUUGCCCAGCAACAGGACACCAGAUUGGGAUAAAGCCCUGGGGAUGCUGACAUUUGAGGUGCCGACAGAGGGAGCUACUGACAGCAUCAAUUUAGAAAAACCACGGUCACUUGCCCUUUGGAGACAGGUUAACCCCAGUGUGCCAGAGGCAGCUGCCGGCCCUCAGCACUCCCGGAACACAGUUUGGAGUGACUGAACUCAGCAUUGUAACUCCACACACAAGGGAACAUUAUCAUGGGGUGAUUGUUUACGACACCCACAGCUUAAAAUAAGUGUCUACCAGGCAGGUGUUACCAGUGAGGGGCCCUUAGACCUGCCUGUUCUUUUGGCCUCGUUGGCAAGUCAUCUCAGAGCCCACUGGGCAAAGGCUGAAAUGCAUGUGGAGUGUAUGUGGUCACAUAACACACGUGGGUGUGGUUAAUAUAGCAGGACUGGAAAAUGCGUCAUGUAUUUUAAGGAUCAUAACAGCACAGAAAGUUCAGAAAGAAGGACACAGAGAUCAGAUGCCAUGUUUGCUGCAUGGAAUUAGGCUUUUCCUACUGCCCUGCGCAGCGGGGAAAGCAAAGCAUGCCGCAGCCCAUGGGCCAAGGCCUGUGGCGGGAGGGCUGCUCCUGUGUCUCUGGGGCUCCCGGUCCCCAGGUCACCCCAGCCUCAGCCUGAGGUGGGGUCAGGAAACCCUUUGUGGCCAUGGAGCUCCUCUGGAGUGUUGGUCGAGUCAGGAGGUUCGCUCUCUUUCUCAGGGGUGUCCUGAAGGAUCCCAACAAAGUGAACCUUGAAGAAGAGAGGUCAGUGGGUCCCCAGCAGUCAUGGGCUGAAAGCUGUCACCCGCCUUCUCCACAUCCGCGUGCCACCAGGCUUCAGUGACAGGAGGGGAGGGGUGCUGUCUGUUUACACCCAAAACUGGAUUUUCAGGGCCCACUGAGGCCCCAUGCAUUCCCCAGCCUGUGGUGUGGGACCUAUCCAGGGUUCCCCUCCUGCAGUUCACUCUAGCUCAAGUCAUUUUCUCUGUUUUUACUCUGACAUGAGGAAGAAGGAAGAUACUUUAUGACAAAUGAACAACCAAACCGCCUUGAACUUUAUGCAGACUCGAGUCCUAAACUUUCAGAAGGAUUCAGGGCAGCUGGACUCUGUCCAGGGCUUUCCCCAUUCCUCCCAUGACUUUUCCACAUGCAUUCAUCACAAAAGACAGAGGUUGGAGGCGGCGCAGACAAGUUUGGCAGCCUGAAAGGAAAAUGCAGAAACUGCGGACCUGGGAAAGCAUUGCUGGUGGCCCUGAGGCAGCCGCAGGGCACUGUCAAAGCUACAAUGUGCCCUCCUUCUGUGGAAAGGCCCAGAACAGGAGGAUGUCAUUAGCACCCUUUUCUCAGCUGCGGUGGACCCUUAAUCCCUGGGACAUAGCUCCCAGGUCCCAGUCCCUUUAAUGCUGGGCCAGAAUGGUUCAUUGGCCAGUACCCAGCAUCCGCUUAGAUGGGCAAGUGUGAGGAAAGGGCGCUGGUCACCGCGCAAGCCGUGAUCAUUACCCUCUCUCUCCAGCUCUCUGUACAGCUAGCUGACAACUGUCAGGAGUUACAGAUGACUGUUCUGAGCUAUUUUUUACAAAUUUAACCCAACACAAAGUGCAUUCGAAUUCGCUUUCAGAAUUAUCCUUCAUCCACCUUUAAGCCCAAGUAUAUUUACGCUAUGUGAUAUUAAAGGACUUUUGUAGUGACUGGGAGAUACUGAGCUGAGAUGUUUGUAAAAACAAAAAAGGAGGUAGGAGUAGGUAGACUGUAAAAUGAGGCCAUUUCUUUUGCUAAGCAGUUCCUAGGCAGACAGACUAACUGCCUACCGACUGCCAGCAGGCCACAUGGACCAGGUCACAGGGUGUGGCUGGUGCCAGGGUCCCAGCCCCUUGGCUGAGUGCCCAGCCCAAGGUGAUACAUGCCAUCCUGGAGAGAAAUGGCAAGGGCGUCAUGUCCAUCAGACCCUGGGCUUGCUGACCUAGCUGGGGAGGGGCGCCCCUGGUCUGUGCCUGGAGCCAGAAUCUGGUGUCUUAAGCUGAACAUAGGAAGCAGGGACUCCUCCCGAAUGGCCAUGGCUCUAAGGAAACGUGACCUGUGUGAUUACAGAAACCAGAAAAGACUCCUGGCUAGGAAGUGCUGUUCGGGGCAUGGGAAACGCCAUCUAAGUGUACAAGGGAAGGCAUUGGGUUUGGACAUAUGUCACAUAUGUCACAAUUGUCUUUGACUCUCAGUAGCUUUUGUACUCAUAUAAAAUAUUAAAAUCACCCCUUUCACAUUUGGGUCAUUCAAAGAACCCCCUUUACCCUGGGUUCCUGCUAACUAUGCACAACAUCUCAGAGGAUGGCAUACAAA